UGCAGUGAACAAGACCCAAAUAUAUACGUACAACCUGCAGCCAUGGACAGUGGUCGGGAAAGCAGCAUUGGGAGCAGAGAAGUUGAGGCAGGGUCCAGCUGGGAUCGCCCUGGUCCCCCAUCUCUCUUCCUCCAGCUACCAAGCAACCAGACCCUACGUUUCCGUGGCAACAAGGCAGCAGCAUGGGGAGCUGCUUGGGAUGGGGCAGUGGAAGCCACAGUUGACCCUCAAGAACUUGUCCCAGAAUUUGCGGUGGGGGAGGAAGAGGAAGACAGCAGACCGCUGAAAGAGCUGCCCCUCCACCUUGAGGAGAAACGGAAACUCAGAGUUCUGCAGGAGCAGGCAGCCAGCAGACUCAGCGGUUGGAAGCUUUGGCGUAUGGGGAAGCAACAGACGCUACGUCGUCUCAAGUCUCAGGUGAAGUCAGCAGUCUCCUAUGCUGAGAUGUGGCGGAGCACACUUCACCACAUUGAAGGCCACUUUGGAACAGGAAUCCAGUCCUACUUUAACUUCCUGCGCUUCUUGGUCCUGAUGAAUUUUGUUGCCUCCCUGCUGGUGGUGGGAUUUGUGGUCGCUCCGAAUGUGGCAUUUGAACUGCAGGGCUUCAAUCAGACGAGUCACCAGAACAAAAGUUCAGUGAAUGCAUCUUGUCUCCAUUACAACCCCACACCUCAAGGCUUGGUCAGCUACUUUUCCUACAUCAUGGAUCUUCUGUCGGGCAAGGGUUUCAUGGAGCUCACCUACCUGUUCUAUGGCUACUACCAAAAUUCAGCUGUCGAUUUUGUUGGCUUCUCGUACAAUGUCCCUGUCGCAUAUCUGCUUACAGCGUUCUUCUACCUUCUCUUCUGCCUGACAUGGAUUGUACGGAGAUCAGUCUAUUGUCUCAAAUGCAGCCUGGUUAGCGAAGAUACUUCCCUUGGAUCAUACAGUAACAAAGUAUUUGCCGGCUGGGAUUUUGGCCUGAUGCAACACACAGCAGUGCAGUUAAAGCACAAGAGUAUUCGCUAUGAACUGCGGAUGGAUCUGGAAGAGGAGGCAGUUCGCAGAUGCCAGGCGGAGAUGACCACAGCACAGCGAGUCACUCUCUAUGCCCUCCGAGGCCUACUCAACUUUCUGGUUUUGGGGCUGCUAGGGGGAUCUUUUUACUGCAUCUUCCUGGCGACGACAUAUUCCCAGUGGCUGCAGGGAAGGACUGACUCCCCAGUCAAAGGCAAAUACUUUCUGGAGCUGCUGGUGAAUUAUCUCCCAUCGAUUGUCAUCACAGCUGCCAAUCUCAUUGUCCCAAUGAUCUUUGGGAUUAUUGUUCAACUAGAGAAAUAUCCGCUCAGCUUUGAAAUCAAAAUCACGCUUCUCAGGAAUGUCUUCCUCCGUCUUGCGAGCCUGGUGGUUCUCCUCAUGUCGCUUUGGACCCAGAUCACCUGUAAUGGGGACCAACAGAACCCUGCGUGUCAGAACUGUGGCUAUAACAAUCACCUUCACCCGUGCUGGGAGACCUCUGUGGGGCAGGAGAUGUACAAACUGCUGAUCUUCGACUUGCUUAUCAUGCUGCUUGUGAUGAUGUUUGUGGACUUUCCAAGAAAGAUGCUGGUGACUUACUUCCCCUCCUGCCCCUUGUUAAAAUUGUGGGGGCAACAGGAGUUCAUGGUGCCCUCCAACGUUCUGGACCUGGUGUACGGGCAGACCCUAUGCUGGACGGGUGCUCUUUUCUGCCCCCUGCUGCCUGUGCUCAACACCAUCAAGUACAUUGCAGUCUUCUACUUGAAAAAGCUAACCCUCUAUGCCAAUUGCCGUCCAGCUGAACGGACAUUCCGUUCCUCCAGUUCCAACUUCUUUUUCCUGUUGGUUUUGAUCUUGGGUUUGACUAUUUCCUGUGUCCCUGCCCUCUACAGCAUGUUUGUUUUGCCACCUUCAAAGGCCUGUGGCCCAUUCCGGGGUGAGCCCACUAUGUGGAACACUGUCAGCAGUGCUAUCUCUGAGUUACCCCACACUGCUCGGGACUUCCUGGGAUUUGUGAGCUCUGUGGCAUUUGCUGCACCCUUGUUCCUGCUACUGAGCAUCCUCAUGUUCUACCUCAAGGCACUGGCUGACUCCUAUAAUUCCAUGGUCAAAGGUCUUAAAGGGCAGCUCCGCUUGGAGGGUCAGGACAAACUUUUCCUGGUGAAACAGAUCUCGGAGAUGAGCCAGUGAACCACAAGGAUAUAUAACAGGAUCUAUUUUCUUCUCCUUGUCAGAAAGAAUGUUAGGAUAUCAUUGAUUUUUACUGUGUUGAUUCUCCAGAUGCUCUCCAAUGGCUGCAAAGACAGGAUUCUGGCCAAAUCUGCUCUACAACAAAUGUAUUUUUAUACCUUUAUGGGAGCCAGAAUGGUCCCUCGAACAUAGAUCCCUGACCCAGCAUUGAGAUGAAAUACCUUGGUAUAUAAAUGUGACACAAGAACCAAGCACCCGAUGGGAGUUAGGGAUUUGAUUUAAAUGCAGCGAACCAGAGAACUAUAGCUAUGUGGUAGAGCACAUGCAUUGCCUGUGGAAGAUUCCAGGUUCAAUCCCUGGCAUUGCCAGGUAGGAGUGGGAAAGACCCCACACUGAAACCCUGGAGAGGCCCUGCCAAACAGUGUUAACAGUACUGGAUUAGAUGGACCAACGGUCUGACUCAGUGCAAGGUUAUCUUGCUUACAUUUCUAGCUUUGUUCUGACAGAGAGUUUUAAAAUGUAGAAAAAGAGAAAGCAUUCAUAUUUUGAGCUUUGAAACUCAAAUUUGAAAUGUGAAUUUUCAGAGGUUUGAGUGGAAUUUGUACUUUCAUGAAGGGAUAAAACUAUUAUUACCUGGAUCUUGGAUUGCACUGUUUGUGUGCAGGUGCAGUUAGGCUUAGUUUUGGAAUGCAUUAACUGAGGUUUAAUAUCCGCAAUGGCUUUACCCUUAGUACAGUGGGAACAAUACUAUCUUUCUUUGCACGGUAGUUGUAAGCAUUAGUGAGGAAAAAGUAUUAAAGCACUUUGUGCCAUGUAAUAUGUAUAUAAUAAGGAAUAUAUAAAUACUGUAUUAUUACUUAUGGAUUACUAGUACAUUUAAUUAAUUUUUUUAUUCAGCAUUUUAAAUUUGCAAAGUAUAACUUUUAGCAUUAGGGCUAGGAAACCCUGGAGAAUUGCUGCUUGUCAGUAUAGACAAUAUUGAAUCUAUAAUAAUAAAUGGUCGGACUUCCCAUGUUUCUAAGAUCUAAGAUUUUUUUUCCUUUAGAACAGUUUAUCAUCAUCUGUACAUUUUAUGCAGAUUGUCAAUUAACUGACAAAUUUCUUUAAUUGGGUGGCAGUCUACUAAUGAAGGAGCCCCCAAGCAUUUGUUUAGGGAAAAGGUGGACAGAUUACAUAGUGGUAAACAAAUUUAUAGUUAUGACUUUGCUUUUGUCUUUCAUUUAUCUGAUAUAUCUUUAUCAUAUAUUUAUCUAUAUGGCGAGAAUGCUGCGGACACUAUGGGGCUAGAGUAGGUAGGAGGUAAUU